CAAGAGCUGGCCAGGAGUCUGCUGAAGCAUCUCUGUCUCGCUUAGGUGUGACUGCCUCCACCGAGAGAGCUCUGUUAUUUAUCUCAAACAACAGCAGGCUACUCUCUCGGAUCGAGUUAUUUUAUACGGACGGACACGAUGGGGUUGUCGAUCCAAGCUUCCAACAUAUCCUACAAGGCGUCGGAAAAGGACAUAUACGAGUUCUUCUCUUUCUCCGGAGAGAUCACGGGCAUUGAGACGAAAACGGAUCUGAAGAAGGGCCAGGUGGCGUACGUGACGUUCGCGGACGAGAGAGCGUUGGAAACAGCUCUGCUUCUCACGGGCGCGGUGAUAGUGGACGAGCCCAUCAUAGUGGAGGUGGCGGAUGGGUACGACCCCCCUCAGAGAGCCUCCCACGUGGCACAGGAGGUGCAGCGCGCCGUUGCUGCCCAGUCUCCAGCCAAGACUGGUGUGCCUAGUUUUACAGCGCCCGACAUCAAGUCUGCAGAGGGGGUCGUGGCGUCGCUCCUUGCUUCAGGGUACAUCCUAGGGAAGGACGCAGCGGGCAAAGCCAAAGAGUUUGAUACCAAGCACGAUCUCAGCCGUACAGCCUCGCUCCAGGUCGCUGCCCUGAAAGAUCGGACGGUCGAGACUGCCGCAACGCUCGACAAGAAAUACGCCAUCUCGCAAAAGUUUUCCGAGACCAAGGAGACGGUCGCACGUUCUUGGACGACUGUCGACGAGCAGUACAAAGUUUCGCAAACUGCCCGGGGGGCAGCGGCUGCAGCGGAGGCGUCGCUGUCCGAGGCCGGGCAGUAUCUGAUGAAAAACCAGUACGUGGCGACCAGCGCAAGCUGGCUAGCUGGGGCGUUCGGGAAACUCGGGGAGAUCGUAGGAGAGGUGAAACAGCAGACUCUGCAGAAGGUGCAUGAAGCAGAGGAGGAGCGCGGGGAGGUUCCCACUGUCACUGUUGGCGGUGCGCCAGCCACUGCUCCCGGUGGGUACAGUGCUGUUUCUGGUGACCCUGGCUCUCCUUUCGACAAUGAUACACCCGGUCCUGCUGCUGGGGCCACAGGUGCAGCUGCUGGUGGCAGUUCUAACCUCUCAUCCUCCACUGCCUUGGACCAUGGUCCUCCGCUUUUUGCAUCACCUGAUGCCGCUCCCACUCCUGCUCCUGCUCCUGCUGGUUCGCUCAUGGACGAUGUUUUCUCUCCUGCUCCUUCUGCUGCUCCUGCUGCUGCUGCUGCUGCUGCUUCUGUUCCGGUGGUGUCUGCCUCACCGGCGAAGCGCCAAACAGAGGAACCUCCUCUGUUUUGAGUUGCCAACUUGCCACACCGACUCUCUGACCCCACCCCACCUGCUUCCUCUCGACGUCUUUCGUACCACCUCUUUCUUGUCCUCAACUACUGUACUCGCCCCUCGUUCCCCCUCUGUUCGUUGCUUACUGGUAUAAGGACAGGUUCGUUCUCUAUCCAGAGUAGCUCUGAUCUUAAUUAUGGCAAUGCAAUUGGGAUGCACAGAUUCACCACCACCACCAUCAUGCGUAGCUGGUACAUCAUUGUUACGCGUCGAAUUCCCACCAUGUCA